CGUCUGUAAACAGCUUGGACGCGGGGUGUAUCCUAAUUGUGGACAAUUUUUCUCUGUAACAAAAAGCGACUGAGCCUGAGUAACAGCUGGACUAUAUACCUGAAUGGUUGCCUCACAAGCUGGUAUUUUAGGCCACAGCAAAACCAUGUUCUGUGGUGUAUCACCUCUGUGUAAAAUGGCGUCGUGCUUUCAAUUUUGCAGAAACCAAGCGUUCUGUCUACGAUACAAUGCAGGAUACAAUGCAGGAGACGAUCAAUCAUGUUUAGAUAAAAGUCUGAAAUGUAAACUGUGAUUCUAGCAUCUUUUUGUGUUGCUGGUUGAGCUGCUUAUUGAUAUCAGACAAGAUCUAGUAGCAGUGAAGAUAGUCAAAUUAUGACUGGAUUACUCAUGUUGCUGACAUUGACAUUCCACCUACUUUGUUCGUUCUCAUUUCAUACCCUAUUAUGGCCAGACGUAGUAGCAGUGCAAACAGCUACAUUGACAGUGGAUUACCGAUGUCUAGAUCUAGUAUGAGUGAAGAUAUUCAGACCAAUCAAAACCACCAUUUGGAGCAGAAGGAAGUUUCUAUUGGUGUGGAGCGUUUCAUGUGUAAUAGCUUCCCCGCCCUGAACUCGUCUGCAGUAGAAGUGCGCCCAGAUGCUUUCCCGCUUGCUCCUCCUACUUUUGACCCUGUCACGUGCAGUAGUACGUACGAGAAAGCGUCUGCAACCGAGGCUACUACCCUAUCAAACGCUAAAACGCAUCUCAUUAGAAUGAAACAUCGCAACGGAAGGCGUGGUCAAGCUCCAAGAAAGCCAACCACACGUUCUCGUUUGCAUUCAACACCACCGGAUCUGCGCGGAGGUGAGACACAACACAGCCUGAACAAACAACCGACUUAUGGAAACACGCAACCAUCGCAGCUGCCGCACGACCGCCUCUCCUACGCUUUCACCCGAAGUGGCUCGUGCGCUCCAACACGCACAACAGAAUACGCGUAGGAGGCAGCAUACGACCGUCAGACGCCAACUCAAGUCAAACAAGUGA